GACGGCGAUCAAGCUGCUCCGCAAGCGACUCAACGCGACAAGAUGGGCAACCCUCGUCAAAAGCGCAAGCUGCGUGCUGGACACGUGAAGAAGCAGACCGCGCGUCAGGCUAAGAAGCGCAGCGAACGUCAGCGCACGACCAAAGUUCAAAUCCAAAACUCAACCAUCGCCCGUGCUUGGGAUCCCAAAAAGUCGCUCCUGGACAACUUUCGGGAACUUGGCCUUGUUGUCGAUACCAACGUGGACCUGUCGGGAGAUGCCCACCGCCAAAAACUGCGCGGGGGUGGUAUCACGGCGCCUGCCCGCGAACCCACCGAAGUUGUUCGUGAGCUUGAGCAGCGUGCUGCAUCCGUCAAAACCUAUAAAACCUUUGCUGCCCGGGGCGAGAUUAUCUUCAUUCAGAGCUGCAUUCAAAAACACGGCUUGGAUUAUGAUGCCAUGGCCAAGGAUCUCAAGCUCAACACCUACCAGCACACGGCAAACCAGCUGCAGCGCAAGGUCAACAAAUACGUUGAGACGUUGCAUCGCAUGCUCGAGGUGUCCAAUACUGAGUCGCUUGAGUCUGCCGUGGAAGAGGCAGCAGCCAACGACAGGGGAAAGCCAAAGGCAUAGGUCGUCGUUUUCAAACUUGACGUGCGGGCGAUGCGCCUUGUGAGAGUUUCCUUUUCUUUUUUUUUUUUUUCAAGCGAACCAAAGAGCGAACCAAGCUUGGUCUUAGCAGGAAAGACCGUCUUGUGGAAUGCGCGAAGGCUGCGCGGAGAAUGCGACAAGUUUGUUUUUGUUUGGGUGGGUGCAUUCAUGGCUGCGCCAUCUAUCCCACCCCAUUUGCACCCAUGCAACAACGCAAUGCCCGCCUUGGUUGUUGGCUCGACUCGACGUGAGAGCGUUGUUACCAGCGGCAUCGCAAUCGAUGACUUGAAAAAACCC